AUGUCACGUCUGAACGACCUCUUGGCUGCUCGUCAGCCACUACUAUUGACCGACGAGGCUGGAGCGUCGGCCGAUUUUCUACUGCAUCAAGCUCUUCUCACGGUAUUCAAACUGCCGGAUGCUCGCUGCGUCUUCGUCUCCACAUCCGGGGACUUGACGCGAUGGAAGUCUCUAUGCUCUCGCAACGGACUUAACCUCGACGCAAAGCUACAAACCGGCGCUUUCCGCUUCGUUGAUGGCUCCUCUGUUGCACCUGAGUCUUCCGACGGUCUGAAAACGCUAUAUCUUGAUAUUCAGGGGCUAUUGGAGUCCUGGUCGCAAGAUGCCGCACCUAAGCUUGUCAUCGUAGACAACGCUUCUUCAUUCGAAUGGGUAGGCUUCGAGCCGACACCGGUCGUUCGUUUCAUCCGUGCAUUGGCGGCGUUACGCCGAAAGCAUUCCUCGGGCUUGAUUCUGCGCCAUCAUCUGGCCGUGCCGGAUGAACCGGACGACGUGUUGCGUGCUUUGUUUCAACUGUGCACGUAUCACAUCGAAGCCAAAUCACUCGCCAGUGGAAGGAGUAGUUCAGUUAGCGGAGAGAUUGCCGUCCAUCCCCUGCCGGCUAAUAAGAGUAGCAAUCCUCUUCUCCUCAUCCCUCGCAAGAACGCGCUGCAGUACAGGCUGGGAGACACAUCCGUGUCAUACUUUGAGCGUGGAACGGGGCAGGCAGUCUUAUGA